GGAGCAAGGCACACUGUAAACAACCAGUGACCCACCCACAUGCAGCCUCUCGCCUGACUCUGCUGCUUCAGCUCUUAAGCUCCACAGGCAACAGGUAGCUAGCCCCUGGUCUCCUGAAGAAAAAAUGCCAUUCGGCUCCUGCCCACUUUGGAAAACACUGGGUUUUAUAAGCUUAGCAGUGCUUCUUGCAGAUUUUACUAAAAUUGGAGCUUUUGCUAAUCCAAAUGAAUGUAAGAGUGCAACCAUAGAUGAUGUCAAUGAGAGUCUUAAGAAAUAUUCAAACUGUUUUGAUGAAAUGAUCCCUGAGAGUAAAAAAUCUUCAAUCAAUUUCCUUGUCUGGACACUGCAAGAAAUGCUUGAUCUCCUGCGCCCUGUUCAAGAGAAAUCUUUCAAGCAGCUUCCUCCUUGCCCGCUCCCACAACCCCCCAGAAAUGGUGGGCUGGUGUGUGUCACCAUUGACAACGCUCAGUACUGCAAACCCAUGUGCAACAAGGGUUAUGACUUCCAAUUCCUCAGAAGGAGCAGACUGUAUGAAGUAUGUGGCAGCAGAACUGGUUUUUCCUGGACAACACAGUUUGCUGGGGGAAAGGCACUGGCUGUUUGUAAGCCCUCUGAGAUAGCCGUCAGUGGAGCUGAAUCUGCCUAUUUCCCUGCCAACAGCACCUGUCUGCGCACAUUAGCCUUCAGUGAAACUCAGACUGAUCAGCUCAACACGUUCCUCAAAGAGCUUGGUGAGCAAGGCAUUGAUGGCUCCAACCGUGACAAGGAUGCUGAUUGUAUCAUCUGUGGUUACUAGCACCAAAAAGCUUGUGUUACAGACCAACCAGCCGUCUGCAAUCUGACAUGGGCAUUUUGACAAGAGAAGCAGAGCAGUGAAAUCGUUGCUAAGACAUGUAAACAUACAGCUUUUAUUUGGCUAAAGAACUAGAGAUCAUAGUCCUAAUUUGACCUCAGCUCUUGGAUACAGAUAUAUAAGCUAAACCUAGUCGCAUAGCUCAUGGCAGAGGUGUUUCAAAGAAACUUCACUUUUAUGGCUUAAAUUUGUCUAGCUGGAAUUAAAUAAGAAAUAGAAUUGUUUCAUGGUUGCAGUCAUUAGUUAAACACAGUAAUUUUUAUCAGAAAUCACCUUCUGUCAGGUGUUAGUUUUACUUCUAGUUGCUUUUACAGGUGCCAAUUAGUCACUGUUUUGUUUCUCUGAUGACCAUUAAAGCAGUGCAAGUCACUGGU